UGAAAGAUUCAUCACACACAACACAGAGAGGUGGAUAGAUAGAAGCAAGAGAGAAUUUUUCAGAGUGAUUUUUCUGUGGUUACUCCUAUCUUCUUCUUCUUCUUCUUCUACAUUUGAGAUCGUGGGGCUUGUUUGAUUUUCUUGAAAAUGUUUAUUGAAAAUUUCAAAGUAGAGAGUCCAAAUGUCAAGUAUACAGAGGAAGGGAUUGAAUCUGUGUACAAUUAUGAGACAACUGAGCUAAUCCAUGAGAAUAAGAAUGGUGCUUAUCAAUGGACUGUUAAGCCUAAGUCUGUUCAGUAUCAAUUCAAAACUGAUACCAAAGUUCCUAAACUUGGUGUUAUGCUUGUUGGAUGGGGUGGAAACAAUGGAUCAACACUUACUGGUGGUAUGAUUGCUAAUAAAGAGGGAAUCUCUUGGGCUACUAAGGAUAAAGUACAACAAGCAAAUUAUUUUGGUUCACUCACACAAGCUUCAACAAUCAGGGUUGGAUCUUUUAAUGGAGAAGAAAUCUAUGCUCCAUUCAAGAGCUUACUUCCCAUGGUUAAUCCAGAUGAUAUUGUGUUGGGAGGAUGGGACAUAAGUGACAUGAACUUAGCAGAUGCUAUGUCCAGGGCAAGAGUAUUUGAUAUUGAUUUGCAGAAACAAUUGAGACCAUACAUGGAAUCAAUGGUUCCACUUCCAGGAAUUUAUGAUCCUGAUUUUAUUGCUGCUAAUCAAGGCUCUCGUGCUAAUAACAUUAUCAAAGGAACCAAGAAAGAACAAGUUCAACAAAUCAUCAAAGAUAUCAGGGAGUUUAAGGAAGCAAACAAAGUAGACAAAGUUGUUGUACUUUGGACUGCAAACACUGAAAGAUACAGCAAUGUAAUUGUUGGUCUAAAUGAUACUGAAGAAAGCCUCUUAGCUUCUGUUGAAAAGAAUGAAGCUGAAAUAUCACCUUCAACUUUGUAUGCUUUGGCUUGUAUCUAUGAAAAUAUUCCAUUUAUCAAUGGAAGCCCUCAGAACACAUUUGUUCCAGGGUUGAUUGAUUUGGCAAUUAAGCAUAAUACUUUAAUUGGUGGAGAUGAUUUCAAGAGUGGUCAGACUAAGAUGAAAUCUGUGUUAGUUGAUUUCCUUGUGGGGGCUGGUAUCAAGCCAACUUCAAUCGUGAGUUAUAAUCAUUUGGGAAACAAUGAUGGGAUGAAUUUGUCUGCGCCACAAACAUUUAGGUCAAAAGAGAUAUCAAAGAGUAAUGUUGUGGAUGAUAUGGUUUCAAGCAAUGGUAUUCUCUAUGAACCUGGUGAACAUCCUGACCAUGUCAUUGUCAUUAAGUAUGUGCCAUAUGUGGGAGAUAGCAAGAGAGCAAUGGAUGAAUACACCUCUGAAAUAUUCAUGGGUGGAAAAAGCACAAUUGUUAUGCACAACACGUGCGAAGAUUCACUUUUGGCUGCUCCAAUUAUCUUGGAUCUGGUUCUUCUGGCUGAACUCAGCACCCGUAUCCAACUCAAGUCUGAGAAAGAGGGGAAGUUUCACUCCUUCCAUCCCGUUUCUACCAUUCUUAGUUACCUCACCAAGGCCCCUCUUGUUCCACCAGGUACACCAGUGGUGAAUGCUUUGUCAAAGCAGAGGGCAAUGCUGGAGAACAUCAUGAGAGCAUGUGUUGGUUUGGCUCCAGAGAAUAACAUGAUCUUGGAGUACAAAUGAAUGGUUGCAAUUGAAUUUAGAAGUGGUGUGUGUGAUAUGUACUGUAAUUGAAACUAAUGUAAUCACACUGCUCACCUCUUUAGCUGUUUAAUGUAAUUAGGGGGGUUUGGGUUUGUUGUUUUAGUUUGUCAUCUUCUCCGGAAGGGCCAGAGAAUUGAUGUAGCAGUUCACAAGAUGGAUAUCUUAUGGUCUGAACUUAAGUUUAGGAGUUUGGGUUUCUAUUUAAUGGUUGUCAUAUGUAUGCACUUUUCUCCUUUGUUUUCUUUAGGGUGUAGUAAAGACCAAGUGUUCUCCAUCUGUUUGUCUACAUUAUGUUGAUUCCUCCUCCAUCUGCAGAAAG